AUGACAGCUGGCUCUGUCUCAGUUCCUCAGGUCAUACCCCUCCGCAUCCCCCUUCCAGGGAAGGCUAAACAUGAAAUAGACACAAAUACUCUCGUAGAAAUAAAAUCAGAUACACCUGAGGUCUCCAUUUAUUACACUUUAGAUGGAAGUAAACCAGAACUCAUUAGGAAACCUGGCUAUGGAGAGCGUAACACUUUUAAGUAUAAGGGUCCUAUCGUGUUACCAGUUGGGAAAAUAAUGGUCAAGGCACUGGCAGUUACAAAGGACUGCAGGGAGAGUACAGUUGUAACAAAGGUAUUUCUGGUAGAGUACAAGCAACCAAACAUCCUCUUCUCUGUUGAAGACAAUGACAAGAAUUUCCUAAAAGAAAUCGCCACACAGGAGAGGGAAGGUAGGAUGUUUACUACAGAACCAAAGAAGAAUGGAGUGAAUGUGGACAUCAAGCCUGCCUGGAGUGAAGCACCCCAAGAUUUUCGAGACUUGGAAACAGAAAGCAAGACUGCUCACAGGUCCCUGCAAGGACCACAGCUCCUUGCCAGUCAUUUGGAAACAACAGAGUACAGAGAGGAAUCCAUCUCAGCCCUACCAAUAGAGUCAUUACAGUUUGCUAGCUCUUCUGCAGUGACUAGUCGGAAAAGCUUAGCAAGCACACAGGUGGCAAGGAUCCAGAGGGAAACAGAUUUCCUCAAAUGUGCACGCUGUUCUGCACCUCGCCUGUCUGACCCCUUGGCUCACUUCUGUCAGGAAUGCGGAUCUCCUAUCCCACCCGUGCCAGUACGCCGCUUCCCACCCCCUGAAGGAGCACAGAUGGCACCAUGUCUUGAAUGCAGACAUCUUGUGCCAAUGAAUACACCCUCUUGCAUUGUAUGUGAGUCGCCAAUAGCUCCGCAGCUCCAGCCCCAAACCAACAAUUGCAUAAAGGGUAAAGUAAUUUGUCAGGCGUGUGGCACAGGAAAUCCUCUUCACCAUAAACACUGUGUGACUUGUGAAAGCAAACUGCCUGAAAUACAGACGCCCAUGUUUGGAGGAGACACCCCCCCACUUUAUCCCAGCCAGCAAAGGAAGACAGUUUCGUGCUCAAAAUGCAAUCGUGUUAACCAAUGUGAUGCCCGUUUCUGUGACUGGUGUGGAGCCAAGCCUGGACCUCCUCCAUCCUACUUUACUUGUUUCAAGUGUGGUACAAGCAACCGUCCAUACGCUCGCUUCUGUGGGUCCUGCGGUGUUUACAUAGAGCCCCCAUCGAGGGUGGGUUCUCAGCACGGCAGUCUCAUGGAUGUUGAGGACUCACUGGGGUUUUCUGAGACCAAACGAUUUCAAGCUCAAGUUGCCUGGCAGCCUCUUCCUAUUUCCUUGCCCAAAUCAAGGGCAGAACUAAAAGAAAGAGAAGAUAAAGGAACCCAAACCAUUGGACUUUUUUACCCAUCUAGCAAACUGUUGGAAAAGAAGGAGCUUGAGCUGAUUUCACAAAAAGAAAAGCUGGAAAAGAUGAGUGAUCAUAAGCCUCUCCUGACAGCCAUUAGCCCUGGAAAAGGUUACUGGAGAAAACAGCUGGAUCAUGUCUGCGCUCAUCUUAGAAGCUAUGCUCAGAACAACCUUGAAUUCAGAGCACUGAUUGGAGAACCUCGAAUGGGAAAGAUUAAUUCCGCUACCAUCUGUGAGGAGGACUAUGAAGUCACUAUUACACUGAAUUACGCUCUUGCUAUUAACAAGGAUAUUCAUAUUAAUAAAUCAGUGAAGUUCAGCAGUCAUUACCCGAACACUCUAACAGAAGUCGGAGGUGGGCAGGAUGGCAGUCAGACUAGUUUUGACAAAGAAGAUCAUGAUCUUUUCCAUUCAAGAGGCAAAUUAAAGAGAACAAAGUCAAGAACACUUACAGAAAAAGAAGAUAAGCUCCCCCCAGAGUCCAGAAAACUACUGGACGAACUGGGUCCGAAUGGGAAAGGAAGAAUCACCUUGGUAGAACAAUUGCUCAGUGAAGGAGCUGACCCAAACUGCAUCACGGACGAGGACCGACCUGCUCUCACAGUUGCUGUCCUUAACAAGCACACGGAAGCAAUCUCCCUCCUCGUGCAGAAAGGUGCUGACAUUGACCAGCAGUCAGGACUGCACAACAACACUGCUCUGCAUGAGGCAGUUCUGCUUGGAGCGGAGGGAGAGGAGUGCGUCCGAGUCCUGUUACGCUGCAAUGCAAGCACAAAAAAGAAGAACGCGAAAGGACAAUCAGCAUAUGAUUUGGCUGUUACAGCUGGAAAUAAUAAAGUUAUUUCAUUGUUCGCAAGUAAGCUUGGACAGGGAACAUUGGACAAACUUACGAAACCCAGGAACAUUGGUCUCAUCAGUGUGUGA